AAACAUUUUGAGUAAUCUCUCAUCUUUUUUCUUUUUUUUUGUUGUAACUAAUAAUUUCUCAUCUUACUUUAAUUUUUUUUUCUUUUUAGUAGACAGAAACUAGGGUUUUUUCUUCUUCAUUUUUCUGGUCAAAGCUCCAAUUCUUUUAGCCCUCGCUUUGGUUUCUUGACUAAGAUUUGGAAGAAAUGGGAAGGGGAAGGAUUCAGCUACGGCGGAUCGAGAACAAGAUAAGGAGACAAGUGACAUUUUCAAAGAGAAGAACGGGUUUGGUGAAGAAAGCUCAAGAGAUCUCAGUGUUAUGUGAUGCUGAUGUUGCUUUGAUUGUCUUCUCCACUAAAGGCAAGCUCUUUGAGUACUCUGCUGGUUCCAGCAUGGAAAGCAUUCUUGAACGGUACGAGAGAUGUGCAUACGCUGGUCAAGAUAUUACUACACCAAGUUUGGCUUCACAGGGUGAGUGUUCAACAGAAUGUUCGAAGCUCUUGAGGAUGGUUGAUGUUAUGCAAAGAAGCCUAAGGCACUUAAAUGGAGAAGAGGUGGAUGCUCUAAGUAUCAGAGAGCUUCAGGAUCUGGAGAUGCAACUUGAUACUUCACUCAAGAGAACUCGCUCUAGAAAGAACCAGCUAAUGGUAGAGUCCAUAGCACAGCUCAAGAAAAAGGAAAAGGAACUCAAAGAACUCAAGAAACAGCUAACAAAGAAGGCUGAUCCAAGAGAAGACUCUGAGCCGCAAACACUCAACCAAGGAUUAGCUUCAUUGGCAGCGCCACCAUGCGAGCCAGCGCACCCGUUGCCCGGACCUAUAUCUCCCCAUCGUCCUCUAUCUCUUGGGGACACAUUGGAAAGGAACGAAGAUGGAGAAGUAGAUGCCGGAACCCUAAUUAGGCUGACAAAUACAACGUUGCCGCACUGGAUGCCCCGGCUCACUGGAGAAUAGAGGUCCCAAGUCCAUCUUGGUUUGUUAAAUGUUCAGUACUUAAUAAGUUGAACCAAGCCAAAUAUCAGGAUAUAUUUUCUGUUUUGGCAUUCUUAUUAUCUGCAGAAGAUGUCCUCAAGUUUCAAACUUCUAAACGAAUAAUAUAAACUUUGCAUCUCAAAUAUGAUUCUGUAUAUUUUAUUAGUGAUUGUACCU